CACUGACAGUCACAGACACAGAAAGGAAGGAGGAGAAAAUUUUAAAUAUUUCAAGUUCAAGUCUUCAAGUCAAGGAAAAAUUAUUAUAAAAACCUGCAGCUAGCUAUUUUAUAAAAAAAUACGGGAGUUAAAAAGCACGAAACGUUUUUAAUUAUUUAAAAAACACCUUUACAUUGAGUGUUGUGUUUGUAAAAUUGGCAUAAUGUCUCACAUUAACGAUCUGAUUGCUGUAGUCCGUGGACUGCGUCUGGUCGCUGAAGCAGGCGUCAAACUACAGCAGGAGCAUUCGAGAACACUCUGGAACAAUUCCAGUAUCAAACCUGUGCUCUUGAACUGCUCAACUAACCAACUCACAGCUUUGAAACCCAGUCCCGAGGGCUUUAAAGACGUAAUUGACAGGGCUUUGGUGGUAGCGCACGGUUUCCGUAAAUAUGCUGCUCUUCAGAUACCUAAUCUAGAUGUUGACAUAGAUAAGAGUCCAGAUAUGGAUCCACAACUGAAGAGUGAGAUUGAGGAGUUGAACAGGGAGUUCAAUAAAACAUUUGAAAGUCUGGAGAGUGCUGUGGAAGGAGCCGCAGUCAGACCUCCUCCGUUCCCAGUUGAAGCUGCAGAUACUGUCGAGAAAGUGAAGGUGAUACCUAAGGAACCACCCGUGCAGCCAGUGAAGAGCAUGGCUGCUCCAGAACCAUCUCCUUCUAUAGUGCAUCCACACUCUCCGCCUGUGCCUAAACCACAAGCCAAGAAGAAGAUCAGUGUUUCUCUAAGCAAGAACUCUAAAGCGCGCGUGGUGCCGUCCUCGCGUGUCGGCCGCAUGCUCUCGUUUGGGGGCCUGGCCGCGGGGCUGGGCGUGGGGACGCUGGCCCAGUACGCUCGGAACACCUUCCAGGCAGUCUCUGGACAUGAGGAUCCAGAGCCGUCCCAUGCAUUUCUGUCGCCGGCCAACGCUGAGAGGAUUGUUGAUACGCUGUGCAAAGUUAGAGGCGCUGCACUAAAGCUGGGACAGUUGCUGAGCAUACAGGACGAAUCGGUGAUCUCUCCGGAGCUGCAGAAGAUUUUCGAGCGAGUGCGCCAGUCCGCUGACUUCAUGCCGGCGUGGCAGGUGGACAAAGUGAUGACGACUCAACUGGGCCCUGAAUGGAGGAGUCUGGUGAAGAGUUUUGAGGACAAGCCGUUUGCAGCCGCCUCCAUAGGACAAGUGCACCUGGCCACACUGCACAACGGGCAGGAGGUGGCCAUCAAGAUACAGUACCCCGGCGUGGCCAAGGGCAUCGACAGCGACAUCGACAACCUUGUUGGCGUUAUGAAGGUGUGGAACAUGUUCCCCAAGGGCAUGUUCAUAGACAACAUCGUGCAGGUGGCCAAGAAGGAGCUGAGCUGGGAGGUGGACUAUCUGAGAGAAGCGGAGUGCACGAAGAAGUUUAAGCAGCUUCUGGCGCCGUACCCUGAGUACUUCGUGCCUGAUGUUGUUGAUAGCCUAUGCAGCCAGGAAGUGAUGACCACAGAGCUGAUAGAAGGCACCCCUCUAGACCAGCUGUUCGAGGUGGACUACGCGACUCGCCACGACAUCGCCUACAAGAUCAUGCGGCUGUGUCUGCACGAGAUGUUCGUGUUUCGGUGCAUGCAGACCGACCCGAACUGGGCCAACUUCUUCUAUAAUACUCAGACUAAACAGGUGGUGCUGUUGGACUUCGGCGCGACCCGCGAGUACUCGCGCGAGUUCAUGGACGAGUACAUCGAAGUGAUCCGCGCCGCCGCCGACGACGACCGCGAGAAGGUGCUCACCAUGUCGCGCCAGAUGAAGCUGCUCACCGGGUACGAGUCCAAGAUAAUGGAAGAGACCCACGUGGACACGGUAAUGAUAAUGGGCGAAGUGUUCACGAGCGACGGAGAAUUCGACUUCGGCACCCAGAAGACCACUCGCCGCAUCCAGGCGCUAGUGCCCACGAUCCUGAACCACAGACUGUGCCCACCGCCAGAGGAAAUAUACUCCUUGCAUAGGAAACUGUCUGGCGUGUUCCUAUUGUGCUCAAAGAUGAAGAUCAAGAUGAACUGCAGGGUUAUGUUUGAAGAGGUCUACGAACAGUACAAGAACCAGGCCCUUGAAGGUAGGUAGGGAUUAGUUGUGUAAUAUUUGCUGUGAAGUUUAGUUAGUGUGUAGGUUGUAACCUAACGACAAUAGGUGACGGUAGUGUCCAUAAAACGCACUUUUUGUGAUUGCCACAUUUAUAACGUAAGCUUUUAUUUAGGUACACAUAAUAAUAAUGGAUAGUGCCGGUAAACCGAGAUUAUUAGUUCGAGCUAACUUAUUCUAUUGAGCUUUUUCAGUACAAAUAAAAUAUUAAGCAAUAUUAUGUCUCAA